AGUCAAUCUCAACCACCACCAUGAUCAAGGCUGUGUUUGCUGUGUUGUCCAUCUUCGUCCUUGUGGCCUCUGUCUUGGCCAGUCCCAUGCCUGAACCUGGCUAUCGUCGCUAUGGUGGCUAUGGUGGUGGUUAUGGUGGAUAUGGUGGCUACGGUGGUGGAUACGGCGGCUAUGGCGGUGGAUACGGCGGCUAUGGCGGUGGAUACGGCGGCUAUGGAGGCGGAUAUGGCGGUUAUGGCGGCUAUGGAGGUGGAUAUGGCGGCUAUGGCGGUGGACAUGGAGGCUAUGGUGGCUAUGGAUAUGGGCGAUAGGAGACGAACAUACAAAUUGCCGUGAGGAAGUUGACAUGACCUCCUCCCCCCUCCGUUAUAUCUCGUUGUAAUGACCAUUUCCAUUCUCUAAAA